GGCAGGGGUAUAAAGUCUGUAUGCUAGUACAAUCAAGGUUAGAAUGGGUCCAAGACUGGAGUGGGUCCAGGGCUGUAGCCCCAGCUCAGAGUGACGGUCCUCAGGUAUUUCCUCCUAAGACAGCCAGGGUUGGAGUGGACCCAGAGGAGUGUUGGAGCUGCAAGUCAGAGCGGUGUAUUUCAGAACAGACAGGGAAAAACCAUCCAGGGCUUUAUUACAUCUACAACACAGGAGGGUGGAUGAAGGGAGGUGUUGCCCUUCUUUGACCACUGUGUGUUCCAGGCAAGCUAUCCAGGGCUACAGUGGAUCUACAGCACCUGUUUCCUGUACAUCCAGGACUGGCGGAGAGGAGAACUGGAUCUGCCUACACUAUAAUUGAUUGGAUUUACAUAACGCUUUUCAGUGUGCAAAGCGCUUUACAUGCCGCUGUAGGCUACACCAGGCAGCUCUCCUUCUUCCCCGAGACACCAGCGGUCAGAGUGCUGUAUGUCAGGACAUCCAGAAGAAGAGUGGAUCCAGUGCUAUAUCUGAUCUAAAACCAAGGAAGAGCAUGGAGGUUUGGAUGAGACCGCUGUGUUCCUAGACCGCUGUGUUCCUAGACCGCUGUGUUCCUAGACCUCUGUGCUCCUAGACAGCUGUGUUCCUAGACCGCUGUGUUCCUAGACCGCUGUGUUCCUAGACCGCUGUGUUCCUAGACUGCUGUGUUCCACUGUAUUAGAAUCCUCUUGACUUUCUGAGAGGAACACGGCCAUUAUGACGGAGUGGACGCUCCUCAAACGUCUCCUGGACGCCGUCCACCAGCACUCCACCAUGAUUGGACGCCUCUGGCUCACCGUCAUGGUGAUCUUUCGCCUCCUCAUCAUUGCCGUGGCGACUGAGGACGUGUACGCCGAUGAGCAGGAGAUGUUUGUGUGCAACACCCUGCAGCCGGGCUGCGCCACAGUCUGCUAUGAUGCCUUCGCGCCCAUCUCACAGCCGCGCUUCUGGGUCUUCCACAUCAUCAGCGUCUCGACUUCCGUCUCUCUGUUUAUCAUAUAUACGUGGCAUAAUCUGUCGAAGCUGCCGCAGGGACACAGCGGGCAGGAGGCAUUCAACCGGAGCUGUGACUCGGAUAGCUGCUCCAUCCGUUCACACCGGCACUUAGGUCACAGCUUGGCCAAUGUCUUGGAGGGAAUCACUGCCCAGAGUCAGAGCCUCCUAAAGGGAGCUGCCACCACUACAGCGGUCCUCUCCAAGUACUACGUGUUCCAUGUGUGUUUCCGGGCGCUGCUGGAGGUGGGCUUUGUCAUGGCCCAGUGGUUCCUCUUCGGCUUCCGAGUGCCCGUCCACCUUUUGUGCAAGGCCCCACCCUGCACGCAGCCCGUGGACUGCUACGUGUCACGGCCCACAGAGAAAACCAUCUUCCUCCUCUUCAUGUUCUGCGUGGGGCUCUUCUGCAUCCUCCUCAACCUUCUGGAGCUUAAUCAUCUAGGAUGGAAGAAGAUCAGACACUCAGUGAGGCUCAGGGAGGGAGGAUCAUGGGGGAAUUAUGGGGUAGAGAAAGGGGGCCCCUCACAGAUGUCGUCUCUGGGCCUUAGGGAUGUCACCAGUACGACGUUGCUACCGAACUUGGAUCUGGUAGUCGACCACCGGCCUGACUGGACCUGUGCUGGGAACUGUUCCCCAUUUAAUAAGGAUGCUGAUGCUGGUAUAGAGACAGAGCUGCAGCUUCCCAACAACCAGGAGCUCCAGAGAGGAGAGACACAGCUUCUGAAGAGCAAAGGGAAGGGCUGGAAAUCCAAGCUGCGCAGUACGGAGGUCUGGAUAUGAAGGAAAGA